AUGAAGCAUUCAAUCUUAUUAGCAUUUUGCAUCAUUUACUUAGCUUUCAUUUGCAAAACUAUUGCAGCCCCUGAACCAGUGCUUGACAUCUCCGGUAAGAAAGUUACAACAGGUGUCAAAUAUUACAUUUUACCAGUCAUAAGAGGCAGUGGUGGUGGUUUAGCAGUUGCAAAUGUAAGCAACCUCAACAGCAACAAUAACACAUGUCCCCUCUAUGUUGUUCAAGAGAAGCUUGAGGUAAAGAAUGGUGGACCGGUUACUUUCACACCUUAUAAUGCUAAACAAGGUGUGAUUCUAACAUCAACUGAUCUCAACAUUAAAUCCUAUGUAAAAACUACAUGUCCUCAAACACAAGUUUGGAAGCUUCUUAAAGUCUUGUCAGGGGUGUGGUUUUUGAGUGCUUGGGGUGAAGAAGGUAAUCCAGGUAUUCAAACAAUUUUCAACUGGUUCAAGAUUGAGAAAGCUGGUAAAGAUUAUGUGUUUUCUUUUUGUCCUUCAGUUUGUAAGUGCCAGACUUUGUGUAGGGAAUUAGGGUUAUAUGUUGAUGUUAAUGGGAUUAAGCACUUAGCUCUUAGUGAUCAAGUUCCAUCAUUUAGGGUUGUAUUUAAAAGGGCUUAA